AAUUUGUCAAAGAUUUAGCUGCUGCAUUAUGGUAUGUAGAUAAAUGUGAUCCAGAAAAGUUAAAAAGCCGAAGUUGUAGUAUUUCUGUUGAAAUGGAACAGUUUAUUGGGCACUUUGAUAUUACUUGUUUAAAAAAAAAGAGAGAGCAAUUUGAUACAACUACACUUGCAUAUCAUGCAAAUAUUCUUUUCAAGUAUACAAGAUCUGCAUGGAUUAGAAAAUCUGUAUUUUGCUGGCUUAUUAAUCCUUUAGAAAAAUUUGCUACAAAUUUGUCUCGAUAUCAAGAAAGUUUGCAAAAACAAUUGAUAGUUACAACACAAAACCAUCUUUCUUUUGAACCAGUUAAAAAAAAUAAUA